GUGAUGGAGCCUGUUGGCAUGGUGCGUUUGAGUGCCAUGGUGCGGGUGGGUAGCUUGGAUGUGGUGGAGCCUGUUGGCAUGGUGCGUUUGAAUGCCAUGGUGCAAGUGGUGCUAAAGGAGGUGGUGGGAAAGCAGGUGGUGGUAAAGGCGGUGGUUCGUUAG